UAACAAUGGAAGAGAGAGAGAAAGAGUUUUGAAUAAUCCAAUUAUAGCAAAUCCUCCGAAGCCACCUCAUGCAACGCCCAACGCCUCCCAAAACAAAGCACAACCACAUGACCCCUCCUCGUCUCCUCCCGCCGCCGCCGAAGCCACCUCCACCGUCUCCGCCUCUAAAUAUCUAAUUAAUAAUAAUCCUAGCUUAUUUUUUCCGGCCACCUCAUCGCACGUCUUCGUCGACGUCGAUAUAGAGAUGUGCGUAGUUUUAGAAGUUGACCAACUCGACCAGCUCCGGGACAUCUUCUCUCGCUUCGACAUGGAUUCCGACGGCAGCCUUACCCUCCUGGAGCUCGCCGCCCUGCUCCGCUCCCUCGGAAUCAAGCCCUCCGGGGACCAAAUCCACGUCCUCCUCGCCAACAUGGACGCCAACGGCAACGGCACCGUCGAGUUCGACGAGCUCGUCAACGCCAUCACCCCCGCCAUCAACGAGGACGUCCUCAUCAACCAAGAACAACUCCUCGAGGUUUUUCGGUCGUUCGACCGCGACGGCAACGGCUACAUCACGCUGGCAGAGCUCGCAGGCUCCAUGGCCAAGAUGGGCCAGCCAUUGACGUACAAAGAGCUCGUGGAGAUGAUCGACGAGGCCGACACCGACGGAGAUGGCGUCAUUAGCUUCCACGAAUUUGCCACGGUCAUGGCCAAGUCCGCCUCCGAUAUAUUCGGCUUUCCGGUGUCGUAGCCGGCCGGCGGUUGAUUCGGGUGCAUAUUUUCCGGGCCCCUCUUCUUCUUCCUCCUCCUCCUCCUGCUCCAUCAUAUAUACACACAUGAACGUAUAUAUAAAUUUGCGGAACCAGUAGUCAGAUUUUAUGGUUCACUUCUAUCAACAGAUCACAUCUUAUAAUGUAAAUUAAGAAGUUGGUAUCUU